UUAUACAAUCAUAAGGACCUUGCCUUCACACCCUACGGCGAGUAUUGGCGACAGGCACGUCGGAUAUGUGUCCUCCAGCUUUUGAGUAGCAAAAGGGUUCAAUCCUUCUGUUCGGUGAGGGAAGAAGAGGUGAGCUUCUGAAUGAGAAAAUAAGACAGUCGUGCUCGUCUUUGGUGGAUCUUAGUGAGACACUUAGUUGUCUAACUAAUGAUAUAAUUUGUAGGGUGGCAUUAGGCAGGAAAUAUGGUGGGGAUGUGGAAGGGAAGAGGUUUGGGGAGAUGAUUCGUGAGUUCACUACUCUCUUGGGAGUAUUCAGUGUGAGGGACUUCAUACCAUGGCUUGGUUGGGUUGAUUAUGUGAGUGGAUUGGAUACAAGGGUGGAGAAGAACUUCAGAGAAAUAGAUUGUUUUCUUGAUCGAGUAAUUGAGGACCAUAUGAUCCAAUUUCAGAGAACGAAGGAUGGGGGUUGUGGUGCUACUGAUGGUGAUGGCCAAGACUUUGUAUACUUCUUGCUUGGGAUUGAAAAAGAUGAUAGUGGUGGAAUUAUCCUUGAGAGAGACCACAUUAAAGCUAUAAUUCUGGACAUGUUUGCUGCUGGGACUGAUACCACUUACACAGUUAUAGAAUGGGCAAUGGUAGAGCUCUUAAGGCAUCCAGAAAUCAUGAAAGAAGUACAGGAUGAAGUGAGGAAGAUCGCAAAGGGUAAAACAAACAUUACUGAGGACGAUUUAGAGCAAAUGCACUACAUGAAAUCAGUAAUAAAAGAAUCACUAAGACUGCAUCCUCCAAUCCCAUUGUUGGUACCUAGAGAAUCCCUGGAAGAUGUGAAAAUACAAGGGUAUGAUAUUCCGGCCAAGACAACUGUGAUCAUCAACGCUUUGGCAAUUGGAAGGGAUCCCAAUUAUUGGGAAGAAGCAGAGCAGUUCCAACCAAAGAGGUUCUUGAAUGCUGCUAGAAAUGUUGAUUUCAAAGGCCAUGAUUUUCAAUUCAUUCCCUUUGGGGCAGGUAGGAGGGGAUGUCCUGGGACUCAGUUUGCAAUUUCUGUUAAUGAACUUGCCUUGGCAAAUAUUUUGAACAACUUUGAUUGGGCAUUGCUAGAUGGAGUAAGUGGAAAGGAUUUAGAUAUGACAGAAUGUUCAGGGAUUACAGCCCAUCUUAAAUCUUCUCUUCUUGUUAUUCCAACUCCUCACUAUUAAUAAUUGCCAGAUCUAGUUGUUUGUUUGAAGUUGAAAAUUGAAAGAUAUUUGAGUGUAACUAGUGUAAUGCCUACUUAUAUAAAUAGUUAUGCUUGACUUCUUACUACA